CCGCGCCGAGGCCGGACGCUGACCCUUCCCGCAGGGCAGGAUCCGUCCCUCCGCGGCGGGGAGGGUGCGGGAGGCAGGCUGGGCUCAGCCCGGGACAGUGCCGAUCCUAGCUCCGAACUCAUCCCAGCAGGCCACGGGAUGGCAAACGGCACGGCUGAGAGCUGCCCAGGUGGUCCUGAGCGCCUGAGACCAUCUGGGGAGGCACCGGAGAGGGCAGAAGGUGCCUUUCCACCGGGUCCCGAGCAUCUGGGACCACCCCAGGAGGCACCGGAGAGGGCAGAAGACACCUUUCCACCAGGUCCUGAGCUGGGAGAAGUCAUCGAGGAGGCACCCGGAGAGCCAAGAGCCACCUCUGCCCCCGCGGAGGAGAGCAGCCAGGCCUUGCUGUGGCAGGAGAAGCCCAACGUGUGCACCGAGUGCGGGAAGUGGUUCUCCCGGCGCUCCCACCUCACCAUCCACCAGCGGGUGCACACGGGCGAGAAGCCCUACACCUGCCCUGAGUGCGGCAAGGGCUUCGCCGUCAGCUCCUACCUCAUCACCCGCAACCGCAUCCACCGGCGCGAGUGGCCCUGCAAGUGCCCGGCCUGCAGCAAGGGCUUCGCCAACAGCUCCACCUUCAUGCGGCACCAGCGCACCCACAGUGCCGAGCGGCCCUACCGCUGUGCUGACUGCGGCAAGAGCUUCAGCCUCAGCUCCUACCUGCUGAAGCACCGGAGCCUGCACACGGGUAAGCGGCCCUUCCCACGCGGCCAGUGCGGCCAGCAUGUCAGUGAGAGCUCCACGCUCCCACGGCACCGCUGGACUCACCGGGGCGAGGACGUGGCCUGCUGCUAGCCCCCAGGGCAUGGGCCUGGCCAACAUGCUCUGGUGGCCCUGGUGGAGCAGCAAGGUUGGACAAGAGGGUCUCCAUAUGCCACCUCAACCAUGGCGGCGCACCAUGAGGAUCCCACCUCAACCCUUCGGCGACCAUGACGGAGCACCAUGAGGAAGAGGCAAGGACGAUUCCUUCCCUCAUCUCCUCCCUUUUUGCCCCUUCUCACAGCAUUCGCUGUUUCUUCCAAAGCCUCAACUCCAAAAGCCUUGUGGUCUUUAGGCUGAGAUUUUAAUGGGAAAUCCAAAAAAGUGAGUUUUCUGUUGUUGUAAUUUUGGAGGACACCAAGUCAACGUGGCCUGGAGCGAGGCAGAGGAGAAAAGGGCCUUCAAAUCACCUUUUUCUGGUGGGGUGGGUGUAGCUCAAGUGUUUUCAAAAGUUUGAGGUUGAGG